CCUCGACUGGCUUUUAUGAUGAAUGGUUUGCUUUUUGUAGCCGCAAUUAUAAUAUCUGCUUCGUUACAUAUUUAUUACGAGCUUCAUCCACUUCCUAUUUACGUGUUCAACAACCCAGACGACAUAAAUCAUUUCCUUGAUCGAAGUUAUUUCCGAACCUAUGUUCACGUAUCAACUUAUUGCGUUGGUCUCACUGUUGGAUAUAUUCUAGCUACCAGACAGAAAUUAAAAAUUCCUAUGGGAAUCAAUCUGCUGGGAUGGUUGGCAUCUUUUGGGCUGAGCCUGAGUGUGGUAUACGGAGUAUAUGACUGGAAUCAAGGAAAAAUUCCGGGGCUGGCCAUAUCAACUCUUUAUACAUGUACACACAAGUUAGUGUGGGCUUUAGCAAUAGGCUGGGUAACUGUAUCCUGCACAUAUGGUCAUGGAGGAAUUGCAACAAAGAUUCUGAGCUGGCCAGCUUUUGUUCCAUUGAGUCGUUUGACAUACAUGGCAUAUUUGGUUCACCCAGUUAUUCAGUUUGCUUUUGUUGGCAGCACAAAGACUGUGAUUACGAUUGAGCACAGAACUUUGGUCUUCAUGUAUAUGGGAUAUGUAGUUGCUUCGUUUAUAGUUGCUUAUGUGUUCAGCCUAUUGUUUGAGUCUCCAUUUAUGGCGCUGGAAAAGCUUCUUUUAUCGUCCAAGAAAUCAGAGAAAAACGUGAAUACAGAUUCGAGUCCAAAUACUGAAUCGUUGAGUUCAGAUUACAUCAGCCAGUACAAGAUAUCUAAUUUGCCGGAAGAUACUGGAAUAUACGCAAUACAGAUCAAGAAAGUAGAUACUAAUGAUUGAAACAGUACCUUUCUAUAUUUCAGUUAUUUGGGAAAAAAGAAUGAAAGGUUUUCUUUGAGAGUAUAUUAAUAUUUCGCUAUUUCAUUAAGUAUAUAAUACAGCUAAGGCUCAUUAUAACGAUUCUUCGCUCUCUUGAAAAAAA